CAUCGUCGGCGGCGACUAGAGGUAACAGAGAAGUGGUGGAGGAGAUGGAGAACAUAACGGCAAGCGAAGUGGCCGGACUUGGGGUCGGAGCAUUCCUUGUACUCGCCACCGUCGCUGCUCCGAAAAUCGACUCCCUCAUCUCUUCUUCCCAGAGAAGUUCUCUGGGGAUGUGCAGAAAAUGUGGGGACUUAAAGAUGGUAGCAUGCUCAACCUGCAAAGGAACUGGAUUGGCCAAAGCAGGUGGCGCGCCAUUUACUUUCUUGGAUGACUUGUAUCAGUCGGUUGGUGGCGAGACAGAAGUGAACCGGGUGAAAUGUAGUAAAUGCAGAGCCAAGGGCCACUUCCACUGCCCUAACUGCUCCAAAGGCCAGUCUCUGUAAAAUUGUUGUUUACACAUGCCAAGCUUUCACCUUUACGUUUUACAUACUAUUACCGUGUGAAUUCUUUCAUCCCCCCUGUGUAAUGUUGAACCCGAGGUAAAGCCGGAUGUGGAUGCAAGUUGGUUGGAAGUAGUCUUUGCUUGUACAGACUAGUGGUAAAAUUUCUGCAGCCUUUAUAUGCAACUUUAUGGUGAACCUUACAAGUUUUGUGUAGUCUUGAACUUUCCUUGUCAAUGGAAAUUGAGACAACCCAUCUUUGGCCACAUCUUAGACGUGUGGGGGACUGGAAAUAAAGAAAGAAACAGUUGGAAGUUGAGCAAAAGAGAGGAAGUUAAGUGCAGAAAUGGUGCAAGCUGUAUUUCCCAUGCAUGAUGCAUGUUUAUCUGAGUUUCCGUUGUUGUAGUUGGCUGGAGAGGGAAAUUCUUGUCCAAGUUUGAGUAGUCUGAAAUGUUAUCAAAUUAGUGGAGGUGGUGGUGCUUUGCAUUAAGUAUGUUACGUUGUGGAUAUAACUGUGUUGAUAUCUUCUAAAAACCGUAUCUGUUGCAGAAAUUUUUUCGUUAAUUGGUGUUGGCAUCGACUAUUUUUGUUCGUAUGGGAUGCAGGAAUUGUAGGUGUAUUACCCUGCACCAGAACUGAGCAUACUCCUCCUUCAUUGCUCUAGCUGCUCCUUCCUCCAGGUAAAGCGUAUAUUGACAAUUGAUCUGAUACCAUCCUUUCUGAAUCUGGAUUGGCUUACUUUCUUUCUUUCUGAAGAAGAAGAAAAACCACAGCUACUCCAAGAGGGAAAUCGAGGACUACCUAGAUUAACUGAUUGGUCUAGAGAAAGGGUAACUAGAAUGCUGCUUACCACUUACCAGUCUAGGAACACAAAUAAUUGACAAAAAUGGCGAAACAAAAACCAUAAAAUGGUCUUGUGGAGGUCCCAAAAGAAAUAAAUUGGCUAUGGGACGUCGUAGCCCCAACAAUCCUUCCCAUCAAUUAAUAAAUAGCCCAUUAAAUGGAGGAAGAAAGGGUGGGGAAUCCGGUCGAAAAUCAGAUCCAAUUGAGAAUUGAGACUAAUUGUUAUGUAAAGUUUUUUUUUAUUUUUUAUAAAUGGGAUGUAUUUUCAUUUCAUUAUUUAACAUAUUUUUUAUCAUACCAAUUUUUUCCAGCAUUUCGAUUAAAGAUUUUUUUCUUAAAUUUAAAUGUUGGAAAGAAAUUUUGGUAUUAAAAAAAUAUGAUAAAUAAUGAAAGAAAAAAUCAAUCACAUUUACAAAAAUACUACACAUAACAAUUCAAAAGAAACAACACUUAUAAAAAAGGUAAUAUUACUACCCGUACAAAUAGAAAGGGAUAAAAUGUAACACAAAUCAUAUAUCAACAAAGUACAAAAAUGAUCCAUGAUUCAUAUUCAUAAGUAAGAAACCGGUCUUAACCGAUAAUACAUAUUUUGGUGAAAA